CAUAUUUCACCGCCGUUAUGUAUGUUGUAAUUGAUAAAAGGGGAAGCAAUAAUGCGACAAAUUAAACAUCAUUCAUUCAAUUUAGACGUUUCUACAAGCGGUUAUCGUCUAAUUGAAAAAAUGGCGUAAAACAAGUGAAACCUACGCGACAGUCCACGGCCGUCUCGGCUUUGUGCGGCUUCUUUGGGUGUCUUGUUUCGGCCGUUUUUGCUCAGAGUGUGUGAAACAUGGCCGAUCCCACUAUCCAAACGUUCUGCUGUCACCACGCGAAUGGCACCGACAUGGCUGUGACUAUUAUGGAGGAAUUCAACACGGACGCGUAUAAUAGUGUGUGUCUGUUUUCCUCUGCCCUGGGCAUUUUGGGCGCCGUCUAUCAGAUUCUACCCCGCGAAGAGUUUUCGAACAACCAUAGAUGGUUAUCAUUUUCGGCAAUACGCGGAAGGAAUAUAAUAAUUUGGCUCGCUAUAGCGGAUUUGUUUGCAGCACUGGGAGUCUUUACCAGGUCGGCGAUCUGGAUUAAUUAUAGGAAUAUAAUGCCUGCAGUGGAUGAUGAUUCCAGUGUACUUUUUUGUGCAAUUUCAUCCGCUUUCACGCAAUAUUUCUACACGGCAACAUGUAUAUGGACCUUAUGUUAUGCCAUAGAUAUGAGGUUUGUCCUGACACAUAAAGACAGCAAAAUGAAGUACUAUCAUUUAGCAGCCUGGAUCUUCCCUGUCUUUUCCACAGUGAUAGGACUGUCCCUCUUGUAUAUUCCAGACGCAAAUUGCCACACUUCCUCUUCCCUUCGAACGGCCAUACUACGAAUCCUGCCCAACUACAUAGCCUCUUACAUACCCAUAGCCACGGUGAUGGUGGCCAACCCGUGCCUGUACCACCACUCCACGAAGGACUUGGAAAACAUCAUCACGAGCACCUCCGGUCAGUUCACCAGCAGGGAAAGGGAGAUCAUCGACGCGAUAAAAAUAAAAUUUUCCGUGAUAAACGUGAUAUUUUACGUCUGCUGGCUGCCCAAUUUACUCAACGGCAUCCUCCUGUGGACGUUGUGGUUCCACGUACCCGCAGACUGCGUUAUUGUUUUGUGGUACAUUAUGGCUCUGAUGAACCCGCUGCAAGCCCUCUUCAACUGCUUGGUUUACAGGCGAUGGAGUAGCGGGUCCGAAAGGGUGAUUUUACCCUGGAGGCAAUUGGACGGGACCGAAAUAAACAAAACCACCUCGGCGAGCACGGAGUCUUCGCAGAGUACAGCGAGGGAAGAGAUUUAUCCCCUCCUCCAAAGCACCCCCACGAACAGUAUAAACGGGUACAAAAGCUUCCCAUAAAAAUGUGCGUAAAAUUCAAAUCCUAUAAAAGUUAUAUGGCGAGUGUAGUUGUGUAUGUACAUAUAAUUUUAUUAUAUUUGUAUCAAUGUGAUUUUUGUAAUUUUAUAGAAAUAAUAAUUUCUAAAAUUUUAGUA